AUGGUCCUUCACAACCCCAACAACUGGCACUGGGUCAACAAGGAUGCUUCUGGCUGGGCCAAGGAAUACUUGCAGAAGAACCUGGUCGGCCUCAGUGUCGAAGAAGGAGGCGUGUCAGCCCAAGUAAGCAAGCUGUCGUCCAUGGAUGGCGACGUAGAUGUCAGCCAGCGCAAGGGCAAGGUCAUCACUCUGUUCGAUGUCAAGGUCUCGCUAGAAUACUCAGGUAAGACCAAGGACGAUGAGGAAGUUAGCGGCACCAUCAACAUCCCCGAGGUAGCCCACGAUACCGAGGAGGAUGAGUACGUCUUCGAGAUUGAGAACCACGCCGAUUCCAACUCCAAGCAGCCCGUAAAGGAUCUGGUGCGCACAAAGCUCGUCGCCCAGCUCCGCAAGGCUCUGGCCGCAUUCGCCGGCGCCCUGAUCACCGAGCACGCCAAGGACCUCCAGCACGCUCCUGGCGUCAACCCAUCGAGCGGCUUCCCCAAAGCCAGCGUCCACCCUCAAACCAAGCCCUCCAAGACCACCACCACGCAGACCACCACCUCUAAGACCAGCAACGCCGUCGUGAACACAACCACCGUGACUGCCUCUGACGAGUUCCGCACUACAGCCAGCGAGCUCUAUAACACUUUCACGGACCCGCAACGCAUUGCUGCGUUCACACGCGGCGCUCCUCGCCAGUUCGAGGGUGCCAAGGUCGGUGGCAAGUUCGCUAUCUUUGACGGCAACGUCACUGGAGAAUUCGUUACUCUCAACGAGCCGAAGCAGAUCGUCCAGACAUGGCGUCUUGCGCAGUGGCCGGAGGGCCACUUCAGCUCGCUGGAGAUCAACUUCGACCAGAAUGAUAUCGAUGGCGUUACCCAGAUGCGUGUCACCUGGUCUGGCGUCCCUGUCGGCCAGGAAGAUGUCACCAAACAGAACUGGGAAAUGUACUAUGUCCGCAGCAUUAAGCAGACUUUCGGGUAUGUCUUUUCUUGA